AUGGAGAUGCGCUGCGAGGAGACGAUGAGUCUCCUGAGUGACCUGCCCAGGUCGCACUAUGAGUUGUGGUUGUCUGAUCUUGCUGCGGACGUGUCGCCGGCCUGCCGCGGCGAGGCUGCCCUGGGAGAAGGGUUCCUUGCCGAAGUGGCGACGGCAGCGGCGGCGGGGAGUCAAGCUGCCGACGCCGUGGAGGAGAUCAGGGCGAGGAGGAGCGGCAAGGAGUGGCGGGUGGAAAGCUGCGGCGAAGGGAUCCUUCUAAACGUGUACUUUCCGAGCUCUCUGACUCGGAGUCUCACCGGCUCCCGGCUCAGGCGGGGACCGAGGUCGAGAGCGCAGGCCGAGGGGAAUAGGUAAUCAAACGCCGCAUAACUCUACUUGAAUUGCUGAUGAGCACUUCCAAAGCUUGAAAACUUCAUCGCAGAAAGGAAAGCCUUCGCCUUUCCUUUGAGAACUGUGAUGAUUUUUUACAGCCCACGAUCGUUUACAAGCUACGUAGGGAAUCUAUUCCUCAAAACAUUUAAGUGGCAGAUUACCCAUUCUCAAAUUAUUUAAAUAUCAUGAGAAAAUAUUUAGUAAUCACAUAGGCCGAAAAAUUAACUCCCCCCGUAUAAACAACUUCUGUGCCUAGAAUUGUAUUCAGGCUCCUGUAUCACCUUCUGUUACCCAUAUGACGGUAUUUACUACUUUCAUGCCCUUUCAGGGAUAGAGAACCACCACUAAUACACGGCUGGUGGCCUGCCAUUUGGGAGACAAGAGAGAGGAGGAAGUCAAGAAGAUGGUGA